AUGCCGUCUCUCCGGUCCUUCGUGCUGCUUGCGCUGCCGCUCGCCAAUGCCGUCGUGCAGGCGCAGCCAACCGGGGACUCCCCUGCUCUUAUCGAAGAGCUGCUCGACGUCCUCCCUGCCGACCGCAUCCCGGACGCGCUCCGUAGCCACGAGCGCCCCGCCUUCCAGGAUGCCAAGUACGAGGAUGACUGGACCCAAGUCGCGGCCCUGUACGAGGCCGAUGCCGCCCAGGUCGAGCAAUCGCUCGAAGCCGCCGCCGAGCAGCACGAGCUGAAGAAAAGACAAGACGAGAACGCGACGACCAGCGCUGCCGCCAGCGUUGCGUCCAGCGCCCCCGCAACUUCGGCUUCUGCCGCGACUUCCGCGUCUGCAGAGAGUUCUGCCCCCGCAGAGAGUUCUGCAGUUCCUACCACGGCCGCGCCAACCAGCUCUGCGGUCGUCGAGAGUACGUCCGCACCGUCGAGCACGGCGCCGGAGACGACGACGUCUGCUGUUGAGACCUCUGCAAGUACGUCCAAUUCUUCCCCGUCGUCCGCUGCCACCUCCUCCGCCCCCUCCACAACCGCCGAGCCGUCCACGGUUGAGUCUUCCCCGACUUCAUCUGCACCCGUGACCAGCACGAGUGCGACGACGUCGGAGGCGUCUACCUCAGGUGCGUCCACGUCCAGCACAGCUGCUGAAUCCUCCCCCGAGCCGUCUUCGUCCGGCAGUGCCGCGACGACCGCCACUUCGGAUGCCUCGAGCACUUCUCAGUCUGCCUCGAGCACAUCCGAAUCUGGGGCUCAAUCCUCCACCCAAUCUUCUUCGCGCAGCGGCUCAUCCGUGUCUUCUCCAGCUACUUCUGCUACUUCUUCUGCGCCUUCCACUACUACUGAGACCGAGACUUCUUCUACGAUUGUGGAAUCAAGCACUAACCGGGAAACCUCUUCAUCUACAGCUGCACCUAGCACUGUCGAGUCUACUGUGAUUUCCACAACCACUCAGGAGCCCACCACUACCGAGGCCACAACCACUGCCGAGACAACGAAGUCCUCCACCGAGGCCGUUGUCGUGCCCGUCGAGGUCACCACCACUAACACUGCGGGCGAAACUGUCACCCAAACUUCCUCCGCCGUCGUUGGCGCCACCGCCAAGGUGACGACUACCAACAGCGAGGGCCGCACCACCACCGCCGCUGCCAUCAUCGUCGAGACGACCGAUGCGGCUGGCAACACCGUCACUUCAACCUCGGCUGCCAGCGCUUGGAAGCCGACGAGCUAUUCCUCCGGCCAAGUCAUUACCCGCACCAAUUCGGCCGGUUCCACCUUCCACACGACCUACACGGGCGGCUCCGUUGAACAGCCCGUCAGCUCGCUUGUCCUGUCCACGACCACGCUGCCCGACGGCCAACGUAAGACGAUUACCAGCUAUGCCACCGUCAAUGCCGCAGCUGCUACCGCCGGCUCGAGCGCUUCCGGAACCGCCGGCGAGCCCAGUCUGCAGAGUGGUGCUGCUCAGCGUUUCGCCGGUAUGGAAGCUGCUGCGUUCGCUGGUGUCGCGGGUCUGGCUUGGCUGCUGUAA